UGUUUUAGGAAUUGACAUCUUGCUACUUCUUGAACAAAAUGGUAAUGCUGCUUUGGUAUUGGCAGCAUUAGCAAAUAUUCUGAUAUUGUAGUGCUGCUUUAGGGGCAAGAAGGAAGACUAGUAAGGAACAUAAUACGUACUAAAUAUGCUAAGAAUUGGAAAAUUCACCAUUACCUACAGACCCAUGAGACCCUUAUGGUGCUUCAUGAUUUAGUCACACAUCUAACUAGUAAGGUCUGCUGUGGUUUAUUUUAAGGUGCACAUGGUUUUAUGUUUUUUUUUUUCUUUUUAGAUUAUUUCCAAAGCUUUUCUAGUAACUUCUUGAAAAUAGAUCAGAAGCAUGUACUUUACUAACAAAGAAUGAAUGGAUGACUUAAAUUUUUUUUUUUACUAUAAUUUUUCAUUACUUUUACUGGGAGUAUGUAAUUUAUUUGGUAGCAGAGAGUGCAUAAAUAUAGCAAAAUACCUGUAAAGAACUGUUUUACUCUGGUGAAGUAACAGAAUUGGAUGCUUAAAAUCUAUCAUAUUUUUGAAGAAAAUGUUUGAAGUUCUGAAUGAAUCUAUUAUGUAUGCUGGACAUACAUAACAUAUACCUUUUAAAUGGUAAUAAAAAGUAUUUUUAAUAAUAUUCUGUGAGAGUAAUUGAUACUACAGCAUAUGCUGUUAUUGAAAGCUGUGGUAUAGCACAGCAUCUGUAAAAUGUCUGGCCUAUUAAAAAUUGUAUCAUACUUUUCUUAAAAUAUUUAAUGGCCAGACUUUGUUUUACAUGCAGUAGAGUUAAGCUAAGUCUGCUGAAGAACUUAAACACUUGCAUUUCUAGAGUUUGGUUCUUUUUUUUUUUAAGCUAUGCAAAAAUAAGAAAUGGGGAAGUUUGUGUUGAGUUUUCAGAAAAGAAGGCUGGUGCAUUGAGAACAGCUGUGAGACACCAGGAGAAUUGUAGAAACAAUGAAGGUGACUGGAUGCAGAGGCUAUAGAUCGCAUCUUCUCCUUGAUACCUGACAAAAGUAACUUAUGCAAUAAGUUAUUGCUGCAUAGUGGUAGAAUCUUCAGAAGAGAAAAUACAAGAACUAUAAAUGCAUCUGGAGACCAGCUCGCUGACUGAUGCUGUACUCCAAACAGACAUAGUCACUGGCUAAUGCUUGUGUGAGGACAAGUGUUCCAUGGACACUGGAUACAAAACACAUGCUGAGAAAGAUCUGGGAAUACUUGAUAUUUAAAAUAGUAAACUUUCCUUCCAAACUGACUCCUGGUCAUUGGCUACAGACUAACCCAUCACUUCUGGAAAAAGAAAAGGAUAGCUUCUGAAAAGGAAUCCACUCAAGUCUCUCAGUUUUAACGAUUAUGUUGGUGAAACUCCUAUUCAUAAAGCAGCUCGAUCUGGUAGUAUGGAUUCCAUAAGUGCCCUUGUGGCUCAUGGUGCGCAAAUAGACUUGAGAAAUGCCAGUGGCCUGACAGCAGCAGACCUUGCACAUACCCAGGGCUUCCAAGAAUGUGCCCAGUUUCUCUUGAACCUCCAGAACAGUCACCUGAAUCGUUUCUAUAGCAAUGGCACCUUAAAUGGGGUUCAUCAGAAUGCAGGUCCCAAUCCAUUCAGUGGUGGGACCAGUCGAAAGAGAUCCUUUGAAGAUACGGAGUCUGCUGGAGCAAAGAAGGCUAGAACAGAAGCUUACAGCUUUGAUGGCUUAAUACCAGUGAUGAAUGGAGGAGCUGAGGACGAUGCUGACAAUAUGCACGUUGAUAGAGAGUUUGCUGUUGUAUCAGGUGUAUUUCUUAAUGCAGAUAUGAAUAGCAGUAGCUCCAUAUUGAAUGCACUGACAAAUGGAUGUGCCAUCAAUGGACAUUUGGAUUUCACCACCGCACAACAGCUCAGUGGGAUGGAUGCCAGGCGUGAGGAGUGCUUAGCAUUAACACCUAACGGAGUAAUUCCUGGAAUAACUUCCCCCAGUAGGCACCGAGUUCAUGCCAGUAAUGGCACUGAGGAACCAGAAAAAGCCAUGAGUAAUUCCACCGAUAUGUGUGGAUCUCUCCAUCUGAAUGGAAGCCCGAGUAGCUGUGUUUCUAACCGGCCCUCGUGGGUUGAAGACCCUGGAGAUACUUUGCACUAUGGACACUACCAUGGUUUUGGGGAUACUGCUGAAAGCAUCCCUGAACUUAGUAGUGUUGUUGAGCAUUCCAACUCUGUCAAGGUCGAACAGAGAUACGACAAUACUGUCCUAGGCACAAUGUAUUUGUAUCACGGUUCCUAGAUGAAUGAUCUCUAUGUCAAAUGCAUAUUGAAAUUGCUACCAAAUGAAACUGAGGAGACAAAAUCCUCACAUAGCAUUAAAUUUGAAGAUCGCAACUUGUUGCUAUUUUUACACUUUGUUUAUAUGAAAAGUAAACCCUUAAUUUGACAGCCUUAUACAAUAGUUGUAGUUUGUUGCAUGUAUGGGGCUUAUUUAGUGAUAAUAGGUGCUGUCAUGAUGGAAUGUUUAUUGUUUUCAUUUUUUUGUUACGGAAUGUUCUGGUUUUGUAUUUUUUUUCUAAGCUUGUGAACACUAUCUUUCCCUUUUUAGAGGUGUUUUCCCUUUUAUUAAAACAACGUUUAACUGAAUUUUGUGAAGAAAAUGUUACGUAUGUGCAUCACUUAGAGGUAAAGAUUUUUCUUUUCCGUAUCUUCUGCUGAAGCUAUGGUAGCAAUAUCAAUGCCAGCUCUCACUAUGCAAGGUUGAAAGUGGCAAUCUUCUGGAGCUUCUCUGACUUUAUAGUUUGUACAUUUGUUUGGUAUAAUUAGAUGUUCAUCUUUAAAUUUUUUGAACAAGUUGUUUAGAAAUAUGGAGACAAAUUUGGAAGAAUUUACUGUUUCACUUUCUGUAGCGUAGAAGUGCUUUUUGUUGUUGUUGAGCUCUUUGCAUUACAGAGUGGGAAAGUUCGGUCGCAGUUGGGUGUGCCUCAGGUUUGCUCUGUGGUGGGUUUCUUUGGCUUCUCUCCUUUUGUGUGCGCUUGAUAUUUUACCAUAGCUCACAGACCGGAGGCAUGUUGGCACUGUUCUGCUUUGUACACGGUUUAAAAUUGCUGUUACUUGUUAUAGAAUUUGCCAAGUCAAAAUAUUUGAGUUUGACUGUCUUGGAUAUACAUUUAUUGUCUUUUUUUUAACAUACGCUUUGAAAAUGUAAUGUUGUGUACUCUUUGGGCUAUGCUCACAGAAAAUACAUUGUAUUUAAUGCUUAAUACACAAAUCAAAAUUCAUAUAAGUGCACUAUAUGAGCACUAAUAAUAUAAGUUGCUGCUUGUGUUACAAGUGAAGAGUGGAGAAGAAUAUGGUAAAUGAGAUAAGCCCUCUGAAUUGUGUUGAUUUUUUUGUUCUUGUUUUGUUUUCAAAAGGGACCUUUACAAAUUGGAUUAAAAAAUAAACAUAUUACAUUGUAUCUGAA